AUGGAUACUCUAGUCGCUAGGUACACUCGGUCGCCCUUCGAGAACGAAGGCUUUUCAUCGGAAGAACAACAAGACUACACUGAUUCGUUACCACCUUUAUCCCUGAAGUUUGCUCUGCCACCUGUUGCUCGCCCUUCCGCAUUCCUUCGAGCCACGACAGACGAUCAUGCCAACCCAAACUGCCCCAUAAAGCUCGCGCAUGGAACGACAACUCUGGCAUUUCGGUUCAAGGGUGGUAUCAUUGUUGCUACGGAUUCUAGAGCGACAGCUGGGAACUGGAUAGCGAGUCAGACAGUCAAGAAAGUCAUUGAGAUCAAUAGCUGUCUGCUGGGUACAAUGGCUGGAGGAGCUGCCGACUGCCAAUACUGGCUUGCUUAUCUUGGUAUACAAUGCCGCCUACACGAACUCCGGCACAAGCGACGUAUAUCUGUUGCUGCUGCUUCCAAAAUCCUCUCGAAUCUCGUCUACUCAUACAAAGGGAUGGGGCUCUCAAUGGGUACGAUGAUUACCGGUGUCACCCCCCAAGAAGGCCCCGCUCUAUACUACAUUGACUCCGACGGGACCCGCUUAGCCGGCAACCUAUUCUGUGUUGGAUCCGGGCAGACAUUCGCUUAUGGUGUGCUUGAUGCGGAGUACAAAUACGAUCUCGAGGACGAAGAGGCCCUCGAGCUUGGCAGAAGAAGUAUUCUGGCAGCGACACAUCGGGACGCAUAUUCUGGCGGCUUCAUCAAUCUCUACCACGUGAAGGAAGAUGGAUGGGUGAAGCAUGGUUUCAGCGACACGAAUCCCAUUUUCUGGAAGACCAAAUUGGAGAAGGGCGAAUUCUCGAAUGUCACUAGCGAGCUUUCGUGA